CUUUCGGGAAGGGGAAGUGUGUGACUGCGGGGCUGCUACUUGGCCUCCAUGGCAGCCGCGGGGGACGCCGGGCGCAAAGGGGAGCCUGAAGCCUGAGCUCCCCGCUGAACCGCCCCCCUCCUAGUCCGCCGAGACCAGGGGCCAGCAGGGGAGGGCGAAGGCGCUGCCGGCGUCUCCCUGGGGCUGGUAGGACGGGCCAGGCUCCCUCCAGAGAGCUGCUGACUGACCUGUGUCUCGGGGCGAGCGGCCUUUCCGUUGCACCUGGGGCUGGUAUCGUCUGUGAGCGGGGUGGGCCCUUCUCUCGCUCGGGCGAAAAGGUGCCCCCUGCCCCCAGGCUGUGGGAGAGAAAGGGCCUUUCCCUCCCCCGGGUGGCUUAAUCCCCUGGGGCACUUGACGAGAGGCGGCGGCGAGAGGGGGAGAAUCGCAGUAUCUCAGUUGCUGUUGACAAAUCCAGGGAUCAGGACCAGGAAAGCAGGGUGUCUCUCACACACGUAGCUCUUGGGGGAGGGAGGGAGUUUAUGGCACCACCGGGGAACAGGCGCCUCUGACCUUCAUGACUCUGCUGGAGCCACAACACCUGAACAAGUUGAAAAGCUACAUGCACUAAAAGCUGCAAAAGUUGAAUUUCACUUUAAACGAGGGGAUAAAAAGCAACAACAUGGAUGAUUUCAUCUCCAUCAGUCUCCUGUCUCUGGCUAUGCUGGUUGGCUGUUAUGUGGCGGGGAUUAUCCCCUUGGCAGUUAAUUUUUCAGAGGAAAGGUUAAAGCUGGUGACAGUUCUGGGUGCUGGGCUCCUCUGCGGAACUGCCUUGGCGGUAAUUGUGCCUGAAGGAGUACAUGCACUUUAUGAAGACAUUUUGGAGGGGAAGCACCAUCAGGCCAGUGAGACGCAAAAUGUGAUUGAAUCUGAGAAAGUAGCAGAAAUAACAGCCGAGCAUGAGCAUGGCCACGACCAUUCAAAAUUACACGCAUACAUUGGCGUUUCCCUUGUCCUUGGUUUUGUCUUCAUGCUUUUGGUGGACCAGAUAGGCAGCUCCCACGUGCACUCUACAGAUGAUCCAGAAGCGGCAAGGUCAGGCAAUUCCAAAAUCACUACUACACUGGGACUAGUGGUCCAUGCUGCAGCUGAUGGUGUUGCAUUGGGUGCCGCAGCUUCUACUUCUCAGACCAGUGUCCAGUUAAUAGUGUUUGUUGCAAUUAUGUUACACAAGGCACCAGCUGCCUUUGGCCUGGUUUCCUUUCUAAUGCAUGCUGGGCUGGAACGGAAUCGAAUCAGAAAGCACCUGCUGGUCUUUGCAUUGGCAGCACCUGUUUUGUCAAUGGUGACAUACUUAGGGCUAAGCAAGAGCAGCAAAGAAGCCCUUUCAGAAGUCAACGCCACUGGAGUUGCCAUGCUUUUCUCUGCUGGGACUUUCCUUUAUGUUGCCACAGUGCAUGUCCUCCCAGAGGUAGGAGGAAUGGGGCAUAGCCACAAACCUGAAUCAACAGGUGGGAAAGGACUCAGCCGCCUGGAGGUGGCAGCCCUGGUCCUUGGCUGCCUUAUUCCUCUAGUUUUGUCCAUCGGGCACCAGCACUAAAGGUUCAAAGUCACUGUUCUCCUUGAUCUUGUAUGAGCAGUAAAUGUCAGCUGCUCUUUUCAUCGUUGUCUCUCUUACCCCAUUAUCCACCCCAUCUGCACUGUGGAGUUCAGAGGGAAGCUUGAUUCCAACAUGAAGAAUUCUGGAAAAACUUUUAGUGUAGCAAAAUGUACUUUGGCAGCCGGACAUAAAUUCUGUGUAAUUUUCUUUUCUGAAGACAUUUGAUAUUUUAAUUUUGAUUUCUGGCCCCUAUUCUCAGGGAAGAUGGAAUUUGAAUUUUAAAAAAGGUGAGUGGGGAAGAAUUUAAUGGCUCAUCAUGAAAUUGCAAUCACCAAAGUAUUCUGUAACUCAGCGUUCACAGCUGAGAAUAAAACAAUGGAUGGAUGCCUUUUAA